CGGCAGGGGGCGCGCGGCCCCCGCUCGGCUGCGGCGUCGGUCCGCCGGGAACUCCCACCCGGCCCUGCGCGCCAUGGGCUGCGGGAAGAGCAAGAAGUUGAAGGCGGCCGUCCGCUCGCGUUCGGAAGUCAGCAGCCGCAGCCGCCCUGGCAUCCCAUCGCCAGCUAAGGAUCAUCUCCCUAGUCAACCCUUGCCAGCAAACCCAGCCACUGGUGUGAGUGGCCCCUCAGGAUCCAGCGGCCCAGGCGUCUCGGACCCCAGAGCCCGGCUUAGGGCCUAUAUAGACAGCCACCCUGUAGUCAUCUUCAGCAAGUCCACGUGCAAGCGCUGUGCUGAGGUGAAGAAGUUAUUUAAGUCGAUGUGUGUUCCUUAUUUUUUGCUUGAACUUGAUCAAGCAGUCUCUAUACAUGAAGGUUAUUAUUUGAGAACAACCAUCAGGAUCAACUCAGAUCAACCAGGACUGGUAUUGGAGAGAAGAGCGCCGCACCCGAAGGCAUGGCAUUAGAAUCUGUGCGCGGGCAGCGGUAAUGGGCACGCACGCCCUCCUCGCUGCGCCAGAGGCUUAUGCGUGUCCUCGUCCUUAAUCUUCAGAAUACCAUCA